AUGUCUGAAGCAGCAAAAUUUAACACCCAGGGUUACAAUCUCGUCAAAUUAUUGAAGAGAUUAGAGGUGGCUACCGCCAGAUUGGAAGAUGUUACCAUUUACCAGGAAGGUUAUUUGCAUUCAAAGAUAGCUGAAGCUACAAAAGCUGAUACCAAGUCAGUGGCAUCAGAGUCUGAACACAAGAAUAAAAAUGAAUCAUCUUCGCAACCAGCAAUCUCUGCUACUGCUUCCACCGUGUCAUCUAAUGAGGAGGAACAACCAAAGGCUGUCUCGCAAUUCGAAGCCUUUGUAACUACAAGUGUUAAUCCAGUUGUCGAAUUGUCAGAAAAGAUCGAUCCAGUAGUCUUUGAAUCCAUGAAAUUGUUUAAAUCGGCUUUCGACUUCCAACUAAAAUUGAUUAAGGUGGCAAGCAAAUCAAAAAAGCCUGAUUUCUCAUCUACUGCAUUCAGUGAUUCUGUGAAACCAAUUAGUGCUACUAUCCUAGACAUCAAUGAAUUGAAGGAUAAGAACCGUCAAAGUAAGUAUUCUGCAUAUUUGAACUCUAUCACUGAAGGUGCCCCAUUAUUUUCAUGGAUUGCCGUGGAAACUCCUGUAUCUCUGAUUACCGAUUUUAAAGAUGCAGCUCAAUUCUGGACUAAUAGAGUUCUAAAGGAUUUCAAGGAAACUGAUCCUAAUUCAGUUGAAUGGGUGAAGAGUUUUUUAGCCUUAUUUGAUGAUUUGAAAGCUUAUGUGAAAGAAUAUCAAACUACAGGCCUUAAGUGGAAUGAUAACGGUAUUGAGUUUAAGGAUGCCAUAAAGGAUUUAGCUUCCACACCUGCCACAUCUGCUCCAGCUGGUGGUGCUGGUGCUCCUCCUCCACCUCCUCCACCUCCACCAGCUUCAGUCUUUGAAACCAAGGAGGAGCCUGAAAAUACUGGAGGCAUUGGGGCUGUUUUUGCUGAGCUAAACCAAGGUGAAAACAUAACCAAGGGUUUGAAGAAAGUAGACAAAUCACAACAAACACAUAAGAAUCCCGCCUUACGUGCAAGUUCCUCGGUGGCUCCUUCUUCUUCUACUGCUCCAAAAAUCCCAAAGAAACCAACAACUUUAAAGACUAAGAAACCUGCUAGAAAGGAAUUACUUGGCAACAAAUGGUUUGUGGAAAAUUUUGAAAACGAAGAUGAACCAAUUGUCGUCGAAGCAGAAAAAGAUCACUCUGUUUUCAUUGGGAAAUGUACUAAAGUUAUGGUCCAAAUUAAGGGGAAGGUUAAUGCCAUUACGUUUAGUGAGACCGAAUCAUGUAGCAUAGUCUUGGAUUCAAGUAUCUCAGGGCUGGAUAUUAUCAAAUCUAACAAAUUUGGUAUCCAAGUUACUGAAUCGUUACCUCAAAUAUCCAUUGAUAAAUCUGAUGGUGGUAAUAUUUACCUUUCUAAGGAUUCUUUGAAUACCGAAAUUUAUACUUCAUGCUCCACGGCCAUUAAUGUUAACUUACCUGUUGGUGAGGAUGAAGAUUAUGUGGAGUUCCCAAUUCCUGAACAAUUGAAGCAUACGUUUGGUGAUGGAAAAUUACAAUCUACUGUUUUCGAACAUGCUGGUUAA